CCAUUUAUUUUUUCUGCCGGGUUUUCAUGCUGGUUUCUUUUUCUUCGUGUUUUUUUGUUUUCCCCUUUCUCCUUUCCAAUUUCCUGGUUUUGUUUUUUCAAUUUCUUUGGGAAAUAUGUGAAUUUUCCUACAAAGUGUAUGAACAUAAAUCAAUCGCAUGUGAACCCUUUUUGGAAACCACUAAACUUUUCUGUAAAUUUAAUUAUUUUUAGUAUACAUACGAUUUUUUUUAAAUGUGAACAUUUUUCCAAAGUACAUAGGAUAACAUUUUUGUCUCAACACAUGAUAACAUUGGACAACAUUUUUUCAGGCGUAUCACCAUAUUGUCACAAUAUAUACAUGAUUGUAGCCAAGCAUGUUCAUUUUAUUCUAUUUUUUUGUAAACAUGAACAUUUAGAAAUAUGAGACUAGUAUUUUUUUAAUAUGAACCUGUUCAUUGACGAAUAGGACAAUUUUAUUUUUUUAUUUCUCCCUAUUUUUUCACUUUAAAUGGGUUUUAUAUAUGUUUUCUUUAAAAUAUUAAGUAAAAAUAAACUUCAGAAUACAAGCCUUUCAAAUCUUCUUGGGCCGGCCUACAUAAGAGCACUCACAGACAGAGCUAAAUUCAUGUGCUCCUUAAAAAAAAAAAAUCAUUUACAUGUUGUUUUGGUAGGUGUGGUGUGAAAAUAUAACUGAGUACCAGUACAUCCAAACGGUAACACUACCCUUUUCGAGUCAAUGCAAAGUCGACCCACACCCCGCACGAUACUGUCAAUCACCGUCCUCUGCUUUGUAGACGAGGAGAUAUAAGCUUAACAAUGCGCAGAGCAGGCACUAGGUUACGAUGGAGUGUACUUCCCGAUGCUUGCUUAAAAUUUAAAAUACUUGAACACCUACGGAACCAUGCCAGUGGAGCCAUCUUUGUCUUGUUAAUGUAUGGAGAUUGAGGACUGUUGUAGUGCUUUAGUUAGUAUAUAGAGGUUAAUUAACCACGACACAGUACUCUAAGCCGCAUCUGAAUCUAUUCCCAAGGUCCCAUCUCAGUCUUUGCCUGCUUAAAAUAUGUUGUUUAAAUUUUGUCGUACUUGUUGUAUUUUGGAGUCCAUUCUGUUUUCAGUUUUUUGUCCGUAUACACGUACUGUGUUACAAUUAGUUACUUUCUAAUAUCCAUUUCAUCAAUACUAAAAAUGUUGCAAGAUUGAUCAAAUUCUACACUUUUUAGAAACACCGAGAGUGACAUAAUCACUCACGUUGCAUUUCUCACUUUUUGGUCCACCAACUCCUCAAGAUAUCCUCCGCUGCCACUAUUGCUUUAGUUAUUUCUCCUUCAAGCUCCCUUGUUUAUGAUCCUCCUCCACUCCUGAUCUGUGGGCGCAUGAUUUUUUUUCUUCUUCUUGAAGAUUGCGGUAAAAAUGUUGUUUUGGUAAGUGUAGCAUGUAAGACUUAUGUGAGUCCAUUAGUCCAUCCAGUGUCUGCUUUGAGUGAAUGCAAAGUUGAAGUAAACUAAUGCACCGCCAGCUGCUUGGAUCGAUGGGAGAUAAGCUUAACAAUUCAAGCACCAGGUGGCUGGGCACCACAUUGUGUUUCGUGAUGCUUAAAAACCUAUGGACACGCGCGGUAGCAGUGGAGAAGAAAUACAGAGGCAUCUUAUGAAGGGUGGAAGAGGGAUCACGAGCUAGCGGUGAGAAGAGGGGGCUGCAGGUUCCUGAUUGAUUGAUGCUGCGAGAGUUCAAGGAGGAGGGGCAGAUCGUACCUCUCCUCGAGCAGCAGGUACGAUCUCCACCUAUUGAUGAUGCGGAGGAGGCCAAGGAAUCUCCUCAAGUGCCCAACAAUGUCUUCUCCGAUCCAGGUCCUUCUACCAGAAGAGAUGUUUCGAUCCGAGGCACAGAGAUUGGGUCCCCAAUCAGUGCUUCACUGGGCGCCAUGAGACCCCUUGUUGGGAAGCUGGAUAUGCUGCUGCAAGCUCCUCUUUUACAAGGAUGCUCCAACUCCAAGAGGGUCAAGAAGCUCAUGGAGGUGAUGCGCCUCCUCAAAGAUGACGUUGAAAAGAUGGACUCCUACCUUGAUCAACUAUCAGAGGUGGACGACCCUCCCAUGGCGGCCAAUUGCUGGAUGAAUGAGGCGCGCAACCUGUCUUAUGACAUGGAGGAUUAUAUUGACAGCUUAAUAUUUGCGCAGCCUGAGCAUCCCUCCCUUGUUCCCAACAACAUCAAGACAACCAGAUCCGGCCUCAAAUUCAGAUUCUUCCUCAAAUUCUUCAGUCAUGCCAAGACUACCAAGACUCAGGUUGUUAGUAUUGCGGAAACGCUAUCAGAAUUCAGGAUGUAUGUUCAGGAGGCGAUUGAACGGCACCAGAGAUACAGUCUCCAUUCUUGCAGCACACUGAAGCGGUGGUUUGUGCCCGUUGGCCCUACGGUUCCAGUUUCAGUGCCGUAUGAUGAAGAAGCGGCACACAUUGUAGUCGAUGGUUGGAUGAGUGAGUUUAUCAACUCACUGGGGGAGGAUCAAGAGCAGCAGCGGCAGCAGCAGCUCAAGGUGAUAGCUAUUCUUGGACCUUCAAGUCUCGGUAAAACUACACUUGCCAAACUGUUGUACAGUAGAAUUGGGAAGCAAUACCAUUGUCGAGCUUUCAUUCGGGUGUCCAAGAAACCCGAUAUGAAGAGGAUUUUCCGUGACAUUCUCUCGCAACUCCAGCAUCCGGACCCCCCACAGGAUUUUAAGGGGACUGACCUCAUUGAUAAUAUCAAGAUAUAUCUACGAAACAAAAGGUAUCUGAUUAUUAUUGACGAUCUAUGGGAAACAUCAGUAUGGGAUAUUAUUAGUCAUGCUUUUCCCGAGGGUAGUCGAGGCAGUACAAUAGUAACAACUACACAGAUCGAAGACGUUGCAGUAGCAUGUAGCUGUCAUCAGUCAGGGCAUGUCUUUGAAAUGAAACCUCUGGAUGAUGAUCACUCAAGAAAGCUAUUUUUUAACAGACUCUUUGGCUCUGAAAGUGAGUGUCCUGAUGAAUUGAAACAAGUUUGUGAUGAAAUUGCUGAAAUAUGUGAUGGUUUGCCGCUAGCCACAAUCAGCAUAGCUAGUCUUCUACUAAGCCAGCCUGCCAUGUCAAAUGAUUUCUUCACAUACAUCCAUCAGUCGUUAAUCUCUUGUUUCUCUGCAGUGCCUACUUCUGAAAGAAGUAGACAAGCACUGAAUCUGAGCUACAAUAAUCUUCCUCGUUAUUUGAAGACAUGCCUGCUCUACCUUAAUAUGUAUCCAGAGGGCUACACAUUCUUAAAGGGUGAUUUGGUUAAGCAAUGGGUGGCUGAAGGUCUGAUUUAUACAACAGAAGGGCAAGACAUUGAGAAAGUUGCAGAAAGCUAUUUAUAUCAGCUUAUUGGUAGAAGCUUCAUCCAGCCGAUGUGUGUCAACUACUACAAUGAGGUGUUGUCCUGUCAAGUGCAUGACAUGGUACAUGAUCUUAUUGCGCACAAAUCUGCAGAAGAUAAUUUCAUGGUGGCAAUAGACUACAGAUGUCAAAAGAAUGUGUCACUUUCUCAUAAGGCCCGUCGACUCUCGCUCAUAUUUGGUGAUGCGAGAUAUGCCAAGACACCAGCAAACAUCCGAAAAUCACUAGUUCGGUCAGUUAGAUUCUCUGGAUUGCUUGAGUCUAUGCCUUGUCUUACAGAGUUCAAGCUUGUUCGUGUCCUAAACCUUCAACUAAGUGGUCAAGGCCGCCGUGAUAAUGAUAUGGCAGACCUCACUGGGAUUUCAGAAAUGUUUCAGCUGGGAUAUUUGAAGAUUGCAAGCGAUGUCUGCAUCAAACUGCCGGACCAUGUACUACAGUGCCUGGGUACAUUGGAUAUUACCGAUGCAAGAUUUGCUCCUGUUCCAUGGGAUGUGAAUUUUCCACGCUUGCUGCACUUGCACCUUAGUCUUCCUGUCGAGAGAGAUCUGCUGGAUUGGAUAGACAGAACAAGGCCCCCCAGUUUAAUGAGCCUUGGCAAGCUAAACCACUUGCAGGAGCUUCAUCUUACCUUUUCUUCACUGUCUACUUUCCAGCAUGUGGCGAAAAACAUGGAAGCUCUGGGUUCUUUAAUCGGAGGUCAUGGCAACCUGAAAACUAUAGCAGUGGCUCAGGCCUCAUCAGUUAAAAAUACCGCGGCUUCGAAAACAUACAUUUCAUGGGAUUGCAUGGAACCUCCCCCCCUUCUCCAGAGAUUUGAAUUCUCGCCCCACAGCAGCUGCAUAUUCUCACAGGUACCUUCGUGGGUUGGAAAAGUUGACUACCUAUGCAUUUUGAAGAUUGCUGUGAAGGGACUGCCAGCACAUUGUGCUGAUAUUCUCAGAGGAUUGCCGGCACUCGCUGCCCUGUCGCUGUACGUGGAGACGCCGCCUGAUGACAAGAUCAUCUUUGACAAGGCCGGUUUCUCAGUUCUCAAGUACUUCAAGCUUACGUUCAUGCGGGGUAUAGCUUGGGUAAAAUUUGAGGCGGAUGCAAUGCCUAGUCUCUGGAAGCUCAAGCUGGUUUUCGACGCCAUCCCCCCACUGGACCAACAGUGGAAAACAUAUGCACAUAGUACGGCAUUAAUCAACAUUGAUUAUAUGCCAGGCCUUAGAGAGAUAUUCACAAAAUUUAGGGGUGCAGCUGCUGAUCUGGAGUAUGUCUCGAUGAUUGGCGUAGUUAGCAAUCAUCCGAGCAACCCUAUAAUUGACAUGCAAUUAGCAGAUUCUGGUUCCUAUAGCAACAAAAGCACCGAGACAGAAAUAACAACCAAAUGAGGUGAUUCAAUCUGCUUGUAGCUACGAGUACCAGCACAGGUCGGUUUCAGGUGCUAGUAAAGAGCAGAUAAUCUGGUGGCGCAGAAAUUGCUGUCCUGGCUUUCGCUUGCAUUGAGUUUGUGAAGCAUGUUGGGGAAAUGUCUUGAAUCCUCCUAGGCAUAUUGCCUGUUGUAACUUGAUACACAUCAUCAUCUGCAUGUUGUUGUUCGUGUGAGUUGUUAUGUUCUUGACAAACAGUCAGCUGAUAUUUAUGCUUCUUA